AGAAGAAAAGGAAGAUGACCGAAGCAUAACAUUUCGUGUAGAGUUUCGUGUCCAUAAUUUGUUUGGUGCCCUGAUAUAUUUCUUUUCAUACGUCCAUAUAUAAGAAAUAUAUAUUCAGAGUGAUUCUCUGAUGGUCGUUACGACACAAUGGGAUGUUUAACUUGGAUUAAAGGUUUGAAGAUGCCAUUCUCCUUUAAGGAUAAGGAACUGAACAAAAUAGCAGCAUUCUUUAAUGUGACUACAUUCUUACUGACCUGUGCUGCCUUGGUUCAACCCAGCUGGUUCCGGAUCAAGGGUCUGCAUUGCACUCAGAGUCUGUCUCUUGCUCAAUUCUUUGCUUUUGAUGAGAGUGACGAUGAUUAUGAUGACAUCAAAAUACGCCAGGAUUCUGAUUCAGAUCCGAUAAAUAAUAAUAGGAUAUACGGCUUACCACCAUGUACAACACCAGAGAUCAUAACACUUAUGAGAAUAUUGAUAUUACUAUGUUUUAUGGUGCUUCUAUGUUCUUGCAUUGGCAUACUGAUAAACCUGAGCAGCCUCAACAGCAGGGCAAUCAAAAUGUUACGUAGGAAUGCCAUCCCGAGCAUUAUGUGUGUGUUCUGGGUCAUUGCUAUUGUAGGUGUAUGCUAUUACACUACUGUGGUUCUCGGAAAUGAGAAUAAUGGGGAUUCUAAUUCUAUACAAGUGGAUUAUGAAUAUGGAUUUUACACAAUAACAGGAGCUGGUGCUCUUGCUCUCCUGGCGUCUGCAGCUAACUUGUGGGGCGCGCCGCUGACGACCGAGGAUGACACACAUAGACGGACUCUGUUGGACGACUGGGACGGGUAUGAGGCACAUAGCGUGGGGCCCACCCCAGCCGUCCCCACCCUCCCCCCAUACACUCCGAGCGCAGACUACGUACCCACUGUACAUACUACAUACGCCCCACCUGUCCUAGGAACACAACAGUACUUUCCCUUUGAUGAUCUCUCGAUUCUUCCUCCUCCGCCGCCUUACAGUCCUUGAAGAAUGCACUAAUACAUAGUUGACCACAUAAAUUCACUGAAAAGUAAUGUUCCAGUGGUUAAUUUAAAUUAGAAAAUACUGUUUAUUUGUGGCGCGGCAUAAGUAAAGUAGUAUAGAAGGCUUGUGAAAGAAAUAAUUUAAAUAAAUUAACAGGGAACAUCUGGCGUUCUUCAGUUCACAUAUUCACUAAGUAACAGAGGCUCACUAUUUCUUGCUAUAUAGUAAAAAAAACAGGUUUAUUGUUUUUUUUUAUAUUUGAACCUUGUUUGUUUGGGUAGUUAAAGUUAUAUGUAUGUCAUAUUUAAUUUUUUUUGUAAGUACAUAUAUAUUUCAAUAAUAAGAUGUGAAGAUGGCGUAUAUAUAUUUCUAAGUACCUAAACAAUCUUGGAUAAGCCUUUUUUGGCUGGCUAAUUGUGUUUUGUGUUUUGUGAGCGAUGGAGUGUACAGUGCACUUACUUGCACACCUUGUUCAUUAUUAUAGAUUGGGUGUGUAAAUUGUAAUAUGUACUAUUACAGUACACAUGUUUUAUUAUGAAACAGAACAUUGAUCGCCAGAAAGUGUCUAUUACAUUUUAAGUCAUUGUUUAAAUUAUCUCAUCAGUAAAAUAAUUUUAGUAAUCAUAAAUAGCCAAAUAUUAAUAACUUAAAUGAAAAUUAACCUUAGAUAUGCCUAAAUAUUCAGUGUUAUGUAUCUGUUUAUGUAUAUAUAUUGUGGUUGUGAGUUGAUGAUUAAUUAAAUGACUUACUGUUCACUUCAGUACCUAUGUGAUUUGCCAUUUUAGUGCCUACUCAUGUCGUAUUUCUCUAAAUGCUUUAAUAUUUAAAAUAUUGAAAAAAAUCAUUUGAUUAACUUAGUCUUAAUAUAUUAGUAAUAAGGACCAAUACGACUUGCUGAUUCAACAGGACAGUUAAUAAUUUCAGUUCUAUUUUGGGUAAUGCUACCUUUUCUGUUGUUUGCGUGUCGGAAACUUUUACAAUUUUGUUCUAUUUUCUGACAGGUAUAAUUUAUAGUUUUUUUGUAUUAUAGCAUAAUAUAAGAAUAUUUAUAAAAUAGGGUUAUUAAAGGAGACAUAAUUUUUAUUUUAGAUUAUUCAUAUAGGGCAUGAAGGUCUAAUAUAUGUAUACAGUUAUUUCGGCUUUCUCACAAAUACGAUAUCUAACUUCAAACUUGUUUUAUAAACCAUAAAAUCCAAUGCAUAUAUAUAUAUAAUAAAUUAUAACUUUAAAAUGAGCUUUUAGAUUUAGUAAUCAACUGAAGAUCUGUUUAAUUUGUAAUAGUUCAGGUAGCGAUUGAUGUAUUUAUAUUCCAUGUUACCAAAAUAUAACAAUGUUAUUAGUUCUAUUGUUCGUUGAUGUAUAGAGUUCUUCUAGGAUUAAGAAUAGUUAUUCCUGGUCCGAUAAACUGGGAAGUUUAUUUUUACAUUUAAAAUGUAAGAUUUUAUUUUAUGUAAGACCAAUAUGCAAUACAUAUCUAUAUAAUAAA